CCCGGGGAGGAGCGUAUGACGUAAGAGCAACGCGGACCCUCCCAGGCGAGGAGCGUAUGACGUAAGAGCAACGCGGACCCUCCCAGGCGAGGAGCAUAUGACGUAAGAGCAGCGCGGACCCACCGCCCCCCAGGAGAGGAGCGCAUGACUUAAGUUCCCCUCUUCACGGCCGGCCAGAGUGGACAUGGUCACCAUCAGCGAGCUACCCGAGAACAUCCUCCUGGAGCUGUUCUCGUUAGUCCCGGCGCGGGAGCUACUGCUCCGCUGCCGGCCCGUGUGCCGCCUGUGGCGCGACAUCAUCGACCUGCUGUCUCUCUGGAAGCGCAAGUGCCAGCGCGAGGGCUUCAUCUCCGACCACUGGGACCGGCCCGUCGCCGACUGGAAGAUCUUCUACUUCCUCUGCAGCCUCAAGAAGAACCUGAUCCGCAACCCCUGCGCCGAAGAGGGAUUUGAAUUUUGGACGCUUGAUGUAAAUGGAGGAGAUGAGUGGAAGGUGGAGGACCUGCCUGGAGAGCAUGGGAGAGUAUUUCCCAAUGCCCAAGUGAAGAAGUACUUCGUCACCUCCUACUACACGUGCCUCAAGUCUCAGCUGGUUGACCUGAAAGCAGAAGGCUACUGGGAGGAGCUGAUGGACAACACCAAGCCGGACAUUGUAGUCAAAGACUGGUUCGCAGCGAGACCGGACUGCGGCUGCAAGUACCAGGUCUGCGUGCAGCUGCUCUCUUCCGGGCACGUGCCCCUGGGCACCUUCCAGCCGGAUCCUGUCGCCAUCCAGCAGUGGAGUGAUGCCAAAUGGAGAGAGGUCUCCCACACGUUCUCCAGUUACCCCUCUGGCGUCCGGUACAUCUGGUUCCAGCACGGAGGAGUUGACACAAAGUACUGGACCGGAUGGUACGGCCCCCGCGUCACCAACAGCAGCAUCACCAUCGGCCCCGAGCUGAUCUGAUGCCCAAUGCAUCUCGAAUGGUAAAUCGUUAGCCCUGCCAGAUGGGGCCCUGGCAGGGCCUCACCGCUCAUUGGAUUCCCAUCGGCACUUCGAAACGACGGUGGUUCCCCCCUCUCUUCCUCCUCCUGUCUCCCCAUUAGAGCUGAGCCUCCACAGAGCUUCAUUAUCCCGGCAGGAGGGGUGGGAAUGCUGUCCCUCUGGAUGGCUGGUCAGCCUCCCCCAAUUUAUCACAGCCCAGGGGAUCCCGUAGGUACCCAGGUCCUUUGUUUCUCCUCCCCAUGUGCCCUGCUUUCCCAAUGGAUCUCCCUUCGAGCCCCACGAGGAGCUGGAAAAGAGAGAGAGGAGGAGACGAGAAAGCUGAAACCAGCCCAUUUUGCUCCUUGGGCACAACUCUUGAGAAGUUUGAUGGCAGAGGAUGUGGAAGCUAUUAACUAAAAUGGUUCAUGGGUCGGGUGGCCAUUCAUCCCGUUUAUGCCAGACAGUCUGGGUUUCAGCUGGUCUGUCCCCUGACCAGUACUGCUUUGGGGACUGGGAGGAUCAGUAAAGGGGUGUCUGGUCUUCUUGAGGGCUGGCAGUGGCCACCCUAAGCGUGAGGAUGAUCCAGGGGUUCCAUUUAUCCAUGCUGUGAUUUCCCUAUUAGCAAGGAUCUCUGGGGACAAAGGCUGACUGUGUUUGUUUCUUCUGAUGCCACCCCUUCUCUCAGGUCUGCUGGUGGGGUUGGGCUUGUUAUC